AUGAGCUCUGUGUGCUUAUCCCUGGUGGCAAAUCUGCGAUGCACCGGCCUUCGACCUCAGCAGACCAUUGGAAUACUCGUUCCUCCUAUCGUCGAACUGGUGGCCAUCUUCCCUCUAAUAUACUCCCAGAGGGAACAAGGCCGGAGCCAUUAUUUGCUCAUCUCUGAAUCUUUCUUCUAUCUCAUCCUAUGCAUCCUUGACUUUGUUUCCAAAUCAACCGACUCUAUUGCAAAGUCCCUUGACACUUUCUCCGUCGUCGACCGGCUCAUAGGCGGCUUUUCCGCCAUUCCCAUCCUUCUUUACACCAUCUUUCUAUACGUACUCGCCAGGCGGUUCUUCAUCCCCGUCAUUCCUAAACGCUUCCACUCGGGCGUCAAAGUUCUCCUCCUUGUCUUGAUCCCCACCAUCUUGGCCCUUAUAGAAUUCGGCUCUCUAAUCGGAAUCACCUACACUGUAGUCGAGAAACCAACCCGCGAAUUGGCCGUCCGCUUUGAAUCUACCCUGGCAAAGACUGUAUGGACGCUCUUUGGCUCCGCAGGCCUUGCCAUUUUCAUCUUGUAUCAAUUCAUUACAUUCCUCCUUGCAUCCUUUCGUACAUUCCGGCAUUUCAUUCAAAACUCGUCAUCCACCUUUGCAAUCACAAGGAGUGAACGCGAAAAGGUCGAGCGAGGACGAAGUCUUCGUGGUCUCGGUUGGCUUUUGGCAGGAAUCAAACUCGGUGCUAUAGAGGUGCUCAUCGGAUACAUCCCGAAUGGCUUUGAGCAAUCUCUUUCACGACGUUUGCUUCGACUCUUAGCAAGAGCCAUGUUAGCUUGGGGCGUCUACAAGGGUCUGGACGAGAGUGCAUCUCUCACCAUGUUCCGUGUAGGAUCGAUCGACUCGUUCGAAAGUCUGCCACCGCGUAAAAUUCCUGUCAACCCGGAAUCAAUCCGCCCUCGUAUUGGUGCACCAUUGGCUGAUACCUUCGCCAAGAUGUCGCCGACUGCCACCUCGUUCCAUACUCGCAAGAAUGCACCCAAUGCAAUGAAGGGGAUCUCCGCUUUCGAUGUUUCCUUUGUCGAUGAGAAGGGAGUUGGAAGUUCCCGCUCUCCACCCGGCCCGAGUGGGUUACGAUAUGCCGCAAAUGCGGCGACUCUUCCUACCACGAUCGUCCCCGCAAUGGUAGCACAGAGUCUCGUGUCACCGAUCACUUCCAAAGCCACUUUCCCAAAGCAGACUGCAACGCCACCGCCGCCUGGGCUACAAACUCGCUCACGGUCGUCACCUGGUUUGGAUGCCAAGCGGGUUACGGUCACUUACGAUGGAAGGGCUGCUCCAAUUCUGGAUGUUAGGUUCUCGGCGCAACUACUAGGAAACGCCAGCCAACUUAUCAAGCGAGUUGGCCAAGAAUCCUCGGCUUCCUCUGUGGAGAGCUCAGGUGAAGAGAAAACCACUCGCCCCGCUCUUUCUCGCUCCAAGUCAUCACCCUCCAUCGCAACUGCAGCACAUUCGAAGAACUCCCCUGCAAAAACUCUCCCUCCUUUAGUCAAGAUGGCUGCUUCUUCGACUUCAGACCUACUGAUGCCAGCCAUGGUUCGUACCACCGCGUCGAAACCCACCUCUCGGAGCCGUAGUCGCAGUCUGAGUGCAAAGUCGACGACACCAACGUCUGAACUUCGCAACCCAUUCGCCGACUCCUACGAGAUUCUUCUGCCAUCUUCGCAGGAGUCGGGUAUCCUUCGGCCUCGUCAGGAAGGAUUAGGCUCAUCCGACUCGACAGACGACUCUCUCGUCGCGGUACACCGACUUUCUCGCAAGUUUCCACCAAUUCCUGCCAAUGCUAUGACCGUGCCAAUGCCUCAGGCGGAGUCACCUUCUGAUGAGUCCCCCCUGAGGAGCUCCUCUAGGCGCAAACCGCCGCCCUCGCUGACCUCCCUAACGACCGGUGGUAACAACAAGAGCUCCAAGCUGACCAAGCAAGGCGGCCGACCAAGGUCACUCUCCCAACCUAAUGCAGCUGCUCCGCAGCAUAGGAAUUUCAUGCCCGAGAUGGUGGAGACUCCAAAGAGGCAGCACGCGGCUGGGGAACUUUCGCCGGCCACAUCGCUGGAUCAAGAUGUAGCUAUGCGUACGCGCAGAAGAGUGCGGAAUUAUCUGAAUAAUGUUUCUCCGAGGACGUCUGUUGCUGAUGGUGACAGUGCAAAUCCUGGCGAACAGUGGGUUGCUCUCCCGCCGCAGCCUCCAUUCUCUGGGAAGAAAGGUCACCGGCAUAGCAAGUCACUCGGAAGCUUGGCAAACCGCACUGCGACCACGGCCAACACGCCCAUUACGCCAUUUUCUGGUGGACCGCCCAUGACCUCUGGUAGCCGUGCAGAAACAAAGGCAACAAGUAUCAUGUCGCCUGGAACGGGUCGAUUCAGAAAGGAAGAGAUGGCGUCACCGUCAACGGUGUACACCCGCGAGAGUGUCUACACCACGGACGAGGAAGAUGGAGCAUAUACAGCCUCCCUUCCUGUCGAGAGACCGCUCGGAAGGAUUGCCCGUCGCGCCUUGGGCAUCGAACAAUUCCUCGAUGAAGAACGCGAAAGAUCUCAAGACGGUCACAGUGAUGUCCAGAUGCACGUUAGGAGGCCCGAAAACGUCCCCGUUGAUGUAGAGGAUAUUCCUGAAUACCGUGCAUCUAAUAUCGUGUUCACCCCGCCUAGCACAAUGCGAAGACGCCCGAGAUCCGAUAUUGACCCAGCGUUCGGAUCGAUCCCCCUCCCCUCGAAAUCAUCUCGCAAGCAGCGAGAGAGGAAACAGAAUGCGAUCAUGGAGGAACCUGAAGCCCCACUUAAACGAUCGCUCACAACUGUGGAGGAUCCUGAAACGCGAAAGGCGUUUGCGCUUGCGUGGAAACAUGCCGCUCCCAAUGCGAAUGUUGCCUCCCCGAAGGCUGCAGCAGGUCUCAAGACGGUUAAUUCCGUAAGUGCAAAGACGACGCCAACACCAGUGCACCGAAAGGUGCUCAGUGGGCAAAGCAUGAGAGUGGAUGAGGGUCACGUUGAAUCACUUGAUGUACUCGUGACUUCGCCAUUACCCAUUUCUCCUUCGCCUAUGGCAGGCUUUGGACGCAUGAGGGGGAGCACCUUCAUUGUUGCAAACAAUGAUCGUGAACUCGUCAAGCAAUCCAGAAAGGCACAUGUCAUGUCUGUAGAUUCGGAUGUCUACUAG